AUGCCAAAAAUUGAGUAUAUUGGUCGUCCAUCUUUACACUUCUACGGCAAGCUCCUAUCAGAAAUAGCCAAAAACCUUAAAAACCGCGCCAAGGGUAGAGUAGUAAUAAAGGAAACUGAAACAGCAGAAUUCAAGGAGCCAUGCUAUUACAUUUUAAAAAAUGUUGUUCCACUUAUGUCUGAUAAAUCUGAUGUUAGAUGUAGAGCAUGGGGUAUACGGGUAUUCCGUGGCCGAAAUCUUGGCUAUUGUCUCCUACCGAAUACACAUGAACCAGAUUGGCGUCUUCUAUCACCUAGUGAAGCUGAACGUCUAACGUCAAUGUCAACAAAAACUGAUUUGGUCGCUCCGGAUGUUCUAGUUAGCUGCGUUGCUCAAGCUCCCCCUUUAUUGACAAUAUUUUUACGAAGAAAAAAUGUACUUCCACCACAAGUAGUGGAAGAAGCUGAAAAAUCUACUCACUCUUUAGAUAUACAACAAUCAAUGAGAGAAGCUAGUGGUUUAUUAUUGUUAACACCUCACCGCUAUGAUCCGACAAGUUUCAAAGUUCCUAUUGAACCGACUUCCGAGGAGAAAUCACGUAUGUAUCCUCCAUAUGAAUGGUCAGCUAAAAAAGGAUUAAUUAUAAAGCCAAAUUUGGAUCGAGAUUCUUAUUUAAUUCGUCGAUCUGAUACACCUGGAUUGUAUUGGCGUGUUCAUCUAGCGAAAUCUUCCAAAACAGAACAAGAUAGUGAAACAGUUUCAUAG